UGCGUACUUCGCAGCGAUGGAACGCCGCUGGACCGGUGCCGCUCCGGCAUUACUCGGUGCUGCUUACUGUGCUGCUAGCUUUGUGUCUAUGCCUUCACUGAACCCAGCUCGGUCGUUAGGCCCAUCGUUCGUGCUGUCCCGCUGGGAGAGCCACUGGGUCUGCUGGGUGGGAGGCAUCGGCGGCGGCAUCGCCUGUGCGCUGCUUCACGAGUGGGGCACCAGAAGACCACGGGCCAACUCCAACUCGAGAGCAUCUUCGCCGAGGGAUCUAGAUGAGCUGGACAAGCCGGCGUUCCCGUCGCACCACCACUACCGCCACGCACCGACCUACUGCUCCGCGGCGGCGCCCCGCCCAGAUACCACGGAGCCCCUGUACUCUGGCUCCAAGUCGCUAUACUGCCGGUCGCCGCCGCCCGCGCGCCACACCCUGCACAGAUCGCAGUCGGUGUACAGCAAGGGCAGCGGUGCGGGGGCGGCCGCGGUGCCGCCGGCCACCACGCUGGCCGCCACGCAGUCACAAUUGCUGCUGCGGCCACCAACGCACACCGUCACCAUGAACCAGAAUAUGCAUAACGCACAACGGGACCCUGCUUACGGGGCCGCUCCCAACGGCGUGCGACCGGGACCGGCUGGUGCAGCGGUUCAAGAGCGACGUGAAUCCGUCUACGGCACCAGUACGGGUGGUGCGAGGCGCGGGCCCCUGUCCUCAGAGGACAGUGCGUAUGGCAGCUAUGCACCCCCCAGGGCAUAUCGCCCCCCGGAACAUUACUAG